AAUGCUCCUACUCUUCCACGACUAAAAACUAUUAUCAACAUUUCAUCGAAUAUGAUUCGUUUCUCAGUUUUCCUAUUUUUAACUACGACUAUUCUCACUGCAAAUGCUCAGAACUCUUGUGAAGAUCGGUGUACACGAUUGAAACAACGAUCCUUGAGUCGAAUCGGAUAUGAUGACGAACGAUUACAAACUCUUUUUGAAAGACAACGACCGAUAGAAAGCAUGAAAGAUGUUUGUUGGAGGCUUUACGACAAUUUGGACUGCAUGAAAAAAUGUCCAAAAUCGGAGAAACAUGCAAUUUUUGCAAAGCACGUUAGGAACAAAUGCAAAUUUGUGUUAUCCGAAAUGGAACCAACACUCAAAUGCAUCAGCAAGCAUCAUUCAUUUCUAACAAUGCGAUGUAGUUCAUUUUUAAACGAAGCUUCUCGAUUGAGGGCUGAAUCUGAUUUGAGCACAACUCCACGUCAUGAUGAAUGCCGAUUUUUGCAUCUAACAACAAUUUGCUUAGAAAAUCACGUGAACACAUUUUGUCCAGAUGGAAGGAAAAUUUUCAAAAGACUCAAUUUUAGAGACUAUUUUCUAAGUUUUGUGCUUCCGAUGGACGACGAUUUGUUUGAUGACGAGGAUCUGGAUAGUUGCCAAAUUUACGAUUUUGUUAAGGAUGCGGAGAAAAGAGAACGAGAAAAUGAAGAGAGAAAACAGGAAGAGGAGAGACGCAGACGAAUUGAUGAUGAUGAAGAUUAUGAGGAAGAACUAACAACAAUAGUAAAUGAUAUGGAAGAUGAUUCAUCGUACACUAAGACCUCUACAAUGCCCACAGAGGAAACGACAAAUUCAUUGGAAUCAACAUCUUCUGAAUCAUUUACUGCAGAAUCAACAUCAUCAAUUUCACCAAUCCUGGGUACAUUGGAGUCAAUUAAACAAGAGGAUUUCACUACUCUUCUCGAUGACUUGAUAACAUCAGCGGAACGUGAUCCUACUGAAACGGUACAGAGAACUUCUGAAAUAAACGGUGCAUUUACUCAAAACUCAAUAUUGGAGCUGGAUCACGUGACUUCACCAGAAACAUCAACUAGCGAAAGUGGGAACGAUGACUUGGAUGCUAUAGUGAACAAUUUGGAUGAGGAUAAACAAGAUCAAGGUAGACAAGAGUCUACUCAACUCAUCAGUCCAAGUACUUCCACCAACUCUCUAACACAUCUCAAUGACAAAACUGAAGAGGACGUGGAUCACAAUGCUGAAUAUCAUGAUUACACUGAUCACCAUUAUGAUGAAGAUCAUGAAUACCAUGACUCGGAUAAUACAACUCAUCCAACAAUUAGUGUGGUAUCUAUUGAAACAAGAUUAUCAGAAUCAGAUUCGGACGCUGAUUCCAAAGAAAAACAAUCGGAAGAUAAUGCACUCGUAGAAGUGACAACUCCAGAUCAACUUUUAAACUUGACCCCACCAAAUAUUGUUAAUUCAAAUGAAUCAGAAGAUUUGGAAGAAAGCGGAGAAGAGAUUCAAAUUGAAACAACAACACUCAAGCGAAAAGUAUUUUCGGAAGAUAGUAUGGAGAAUACACCACCAAACUUCUUUUAUUCAUCAAAUCGUUAUGACAGUACAACACGGUCAAAUUAUGUCGCUGAUAAUUUAGAUUUAGAGGAUAGCGAAGAACCGCUGGAAAUUGAUACAUCGACGUUGUUUGGUGUUGAGACAACUUCCAAUGAAAUUAUCGAGUUGUCCACAUCUACAAUAUCUUAUAAAACGACUGAAACUCCAAAGAAAACAACAAGUGGAAAACCGAAACCAUGGCUUCAUGGCGGAGUUAUUGUAAAACCAAUUUUAAAUUUUGAUCAGUUGGAUGUAGAUCAAGACGAACAACGAGAACGAGAAAAUCGUCGUCAAGAAUUCAAAAAUUCAUCUUCCACACUUUCAACAUCUGAGACAUCUCCAACAAAAGGCGAUGAUCUUCUCAGUGGAGACUCGGGUGGCCCAUCGACAAAUGAAACAUUGAUUGUAAUUGGGCUCAUUGCACUUGUCACUUGUCUCAUUUUCCUCGUACUUCUCCUUCUUCUCGCAUACUUCUGUUCUACACGAACUGAUAGUUAUAAUGUGCACAAAGACGAAGGAAGUCCGCCUGUAUGAGAAAAUGAGCAGCAGCUUCUCUGAAGAUAUGUAAAGAAAAAGUCAUGAGAAAUUAUUAUCAUGAUUCUGUUACGUGUAUGGUUUUUUGUAGCAUUCGAAUUUCACUCAAUAAAUUCUAAUAAUUUUG